GAGUGGCAGGUUGACCACACACUGACAAACUGCUCACACACUUUUGACUAAAUUUGCUUUCAGUGCAACAGAAAGCAAAUCCGGGAUCGGCAAAAGCACCUAGCGACCUGCUUGGUCUUCGUUCUUAUUUUUGCAUUCAGUUUGGCCACAGCCCUCGUUCUUUUCAUAACAGCUUUUUCCCCCGGACCCUCAUGAGCUUAUGCUUCCUAAACGGGGGAAGCGGGAGGAAGAAAUGUGAUCCUCUGUUCUGUGGUGUGUUUUGGGCUGCGGCAACAGUGUGGUUUCCAUGGAAAAGGCCAGAGAAAUAUGACGACGAGGGGCUGCGUGAAUGCUUUACCCCUAUGCCUCUGGUCCAAGAGAAAUCCAAGCCAGCUAGCGUAGCACUGCAAGCUCCGCCCUGGAAUUCCUGGUUCAGACUCUUCUCUUGUGUAGCCACAAGUUGCGUGCACAGGACUAAAGAGGUCCCCACAUUUCAAGAGCAGACGAAAGCCUUAUUUGGAAAUCUUAUGGACGAAGAAAUGAGUCGCCAGACUGCCACCGCGCUGCCCACAGGAACCUCAAAGUGCCCCCCCUCCCAGCGUGUGCCCACCCUGUCAGGCACCACUGCCUCCAACAGCGACCUGGCCAGCCUGUUUGAGUGUCCUGUCUGCUUCGACUAUGUGCUACCCCCCAUCCUGCAGUGCCAGUCUGGACACCUGGUAUGCUCCAACUGCCGGCCCAAGCUCACCUGCUGCCCCACCUGUCGAGGCCCCCUGGGCUCCAUCAGGAACCUCGCCAUGGAAAAGGUGGCCAACUCUGUCCUCUUCCCCUGCAAGUACGCCUCGUCGGGCUGCGAAGUCACCCUGCCUCACACCGACAAGACGGAGCACGAGGAGCUGUGCGAGUUCCGGCCGUACUCCUGCCCGUGCCCCGGCGCCUCCUGCAAGUGGCAGGGCUCGCUGGACGCCGUCAUGCCUCACCUGAUGCACCAGCACAAGUCCAUCACCACACUGCAGGGGGAGGACAUUGUUUUCCUGGCCACGGACAUCAACCUGCCGGGCGCAGUGGACUGGGUAAUGAUGCAGUCGUGCUUCGGCUUCCACUUCAUGCUCGUGCUGGAGAAGCAGGAGAAGUACGACGGCCACCAGCAGUUCUUCGCCAUCGUUCAGCUCAUCGGGACGCGCAAGCAGGCCGAGAACUUUGCCUACCGGCUGGAGCUCAAUGGGCACCGGCGCCGACUGACCUGGGAGGCCACGCCGCGCUCCAUCCACGAGGGCAUCGCCACGGCCAUCAUGAACAGCGACUGCCUGGUGUUCGACACGUCCAUCGCACAGCUGUUCGCGGAGAACGGCAACCUGGGCAUCAACGUCACCAUCUCCAUGUGCUAAGAGCUUUCAAGAGAAGAGGGUUUAAAAAAAUAAGUUACAGAUUGUCAGGGGGGCAUUUUUUUUAAGAGGGGGGUCAAGUCCGUUGUGACCUCACAGCGCCCCUCCCCCUCCUCUCUGCCUCACCCCUUGAGACGUGGAACUGGACUGUCUGAUCAGGCAGCCGUGGAGGCCCAGGGGGUGGGAUGGAUGGAUGAAUGGAUGAGUGGAGGAAUGAAUUAACACAAGGACAUUACUGUGUAGUGAUGGCUAUAGACUUCUAAACACAAACACACACACACACACACACACACACACACACACACACACACACACACACACACACACAUAAACGUAUAUAUGUGAGACUCAUGCACGCACAUGAGGUCUCGCCCUCUCUGUCAUGAAAACACGGACACAAACUGAAACGCUGUUCAGUCAAACUCGUCUCUUCACGUGAUUUCCCGCCACUCUUAUUUCAGUGUCUCUCUUUCUUCUCUCCCCUCCGUCAUCCCCAGACAUUUCAGACACUUCGGCUCUGCCCUGACAGCUUUACACUGGGGGAGCCUCAAGCUAUAUUUCAACACGGACUCCCGGUCAGUGCUAGCCCCCCCCAUCCCC